AUGAUGAGAAACCUUAUUGGUGGAAAAUUUGAAAGUACUGUCAAACAGGUUUAACACCAUAGGAUUUCGAACAGACUCAAAAGUUAUAACCACCUUAUGAGACUCCCUUGUUAAAUAUUCUGGGAGUGAAGCUAGGCUUGAACAUAAUACGUACAUUGGCACCAAACUUGAUAUUGUUGCUAAAUACAAAAUAAUAAUAAUUAUAAUAAUAAUAAUAAAUAAUAUAAUAAUAAUGACAAUAAUAGUAUCAAAUACUGAGGGGUUUGGUAUCUUUUUUUUCUUUUCUUGUAGAUGGAACAGUUAGAUUGCCGUUUACAGAAACAAUAAAUAUGGCAGGAAGAAAUUCAAGAGUGCCUUGCAUCGUAAUAGGAGAAACCUUUGAUUCCUGGAUAACUCCUUCGGGUCAGAGAAUCACAACAUCAAGCAUUGGGAGGAUUACAGUUUCAGUGAAUAGUGAUACAUAUACACUGAAUAUACAUUCCAUAACUGCUCAAGAUGGAGGCCAGUACCGUUGUCAAGGCUCGUUUAAUUCAAGAAGUUUCACUCUAAAUAUUAAUUGUAAGUAUCCCACAAAGGAAAACUCCCUGGGUGUACUGCGAUGUAUAGUCUAUAAGGUAAUGGGUAUCUCCUACCGUUAGGGGUAGCAAUACACUGUUUCAAGCAGUAAUUCAGUGCUGUUCCAGCUAGUGUUCAAGUUUUUUGAUAAAUAAUAUAAAAUUUAUAAUGUUUAUAUGCAAAAGAUCUGAAGCGACAAUCACUAAUAUUGUUCUGUAGCUGGAGGGGUUUCCCCAAUACAAUGCACGCUCUUUGCUUACUUCAAAAUCACAUUAUCAUUAAUAUUGCUCAGUCUGUAGCUGGAGAUGUUUUCCCAAUAGCUGCACUCUCUUUGCUUACUUCAAAAUCACGCAAUACGGCAUCUAACAAUGAGGUCCUCUUCAGAGGAGGGAGGAGAUAUAUAUGUCUUAUGUCUGAAUUUCGAAACUCCUUAAAGGGUGCAUUCCCUUGCUCCAGAUCAGGAUCAGUGAUCCGAGAUCACUCGGAUCAUGGUACAUCAAAUGAACCGAUGAAUCCUUGUCCAGAGUGGAUUCAUCGGUUCAUUUGAUCUACCAUUGUUCGGGAAAAAUCUGAUUUAAACAUCGGACAUGAACAUUAUCCGAAAACCGUUACGUUUUUUUGAUAGGGACCUGAGCGCUGGUCACGUGACCUCUUUCUUCAUGUGACUAGCGUGAUCUGUGAGAGUUGUUGCGUUGUUUUACAGACAGAACUUGUGAGUAUCUCGUUCGUUUUUCAGUUCUAUUUGGCUCUCUACCUACAAGUUUUGUAUUUUUAUUUUAGUUUUCAUCGUUUGAGUUGAAGAAACCUGUGCUUAUCCCCAACAACCAUGAUCUGGAUCAUCUCAAAGGAACGCAACCUUUGUUUUCGCAUACUGAGGAGUAAGCCAUGUCCCUUUCGGGUUUUUACUAUUGUAUUUGCCUUUUUUCUCUGUCGCAGUUUCAACCUAUCUUUUUGUUGUCUAUCGCCAUUUCAUCAAUCUUGUUUCGCUGUUUUAAGACAAUUAAUGUCACUCGUCGAAAUUUUGACCUUACAGGGAAUCAACAAUUCAACUGUCCCCCAGCAAUGUUGCUGAGCACGCAAUAUUGCAAAUUCAAAGACGUCAGAGAGUAAUUAAGUUCACUGUUACUUAUACAUGAAUGUUGACUCGCUGCUCAGUUAACUAUCAUAUAUUUGUACACAAAAGUAUAAAUUAAAGUUGUUCCCCAGCACUAGUCUCUUACGUGUUUAAUAUGAAGCCCUCCUUGGGUUUUAUGUGAGAUGAUGAAUAUGUGGAAAUGUCACAGAUCAGCUGGAUAUGCACAUUUCUGAUGGGCAAAACAAUGAAUACCACAGUAAAUUUUGUUUUUUGUAGGGGCAGUUUCUUCAAUAAUGUGUUACAUUCAGUCUCGUCGUGUUACUUCUGUCCAUAGUACGUACCAUAUCCGCAGAAAAGUCAUUGUUUCAACUUAAAAAUUGACUUAAACACUUAAUACCUAGCGUGUUAAGCUUAAAUUAGUCUAAGCCCUUGCAUGUAAAACGUAAGUGGAAUAAUGAUAUCUGUGAUAAUAAUUACAUAACUAAUAAUAACAAUAAUAAUAAUAAUGAUAAUAAUAUUAUUAUUAACAUAAACACCAAUGAAAUAGCAGAUGAAAACAUGAUAUCUUCACAUGUGAAAAUAUUAGUAUGUGUAAUCAAAUGGUGACGAGUGAAAUUAGGGAAUAAUUUCACGCUCGUUUUGUCCAAAUCCUAAUAAUUUCCCGAGCCCUCACACGAGGGAAAUUAUAAGGAUUUGGACAAAACGCAAGUGAAAUUAUUCCCUAAUUUCACGAGUAUACCAUUUGAUUACCUAUUAAUAUCAUGGGUGACGAAUUACAUUAGCAAUCUUGGAUUUUUGACAUGUUUAUCCCGGAUCGUAUCGAUCGAGAACUCCACUCUCUCAAAUGUUUAGACCUUAAAUUUGGCUUAUAAAGUUCAGAAUUUUUCAGACUUUUUCGGCAAAAUACCUGUUAGAAUUCUUCUUGAUGUUCUCUUGUGUGUUCAGGUUUUCUAGAGCAUCUUUUUGUGCCCUGACAUCUUAAUUCCCCGCAUUUUAAAACUUCGUCGCCAUCUUGACACUGAGACGUACGGAAGGGUUGCCAUGGCAAUUUUGUAAUUUCACAUGUGAAAUUACAAAUUAAUGCUGAAAUUUCGCGCCAAAAUUAAGGAGUAAUUCGUCACCUUUGAUAUUAUUUAUCUUAUACACGGGAAAAAUUACCGUUGCUAUGACUACGUAAUAUUUCGCGCCUUUUACACCAAAAAACUAUUAAAUUGAACUGGUUUUCUAUUUCAUUGAUAUUUAUAUAAUUAAAAAAAACAUUAUAUGACCACUUGGCGAUACGAAAUUUCUCUUCUGGUGAUGAAAAAAUAUUUCACUCGUUUGCUGCGCUCACUCGCAGGUCUGCAAAAUUUAUUAUUGCUUUUAUUGUUGCGAUAUUUGUUAACGUGUUGUUGCAAUAAAAUAUUCUUGUUACUUUUGCGAUUUUUGCGAAAUUUAAGGACUUCCUCUGGGCCUUGUUUGCCUUUACAAGACUGAUCUUUGCUAGAUUUGGUUUUGUUGUUAUUUUUUGCGAUAUUUGCAAAUUAACAUCUGACAACAUUUUCUUGUAUUAAAUCAUUUUUUGCUAAAAUUGAGAAAAAAAAUUGCUUUUCGACAGAGUUUUGUAUCGUGAAACGUCAAUCCAGAACAGUUUUGUCCAGUGUACUAUGACAGAAAGCAACCUUCAUUCAUCUAUUUACAAUAUACUUACUAAUUUCUAUAAACUCAAAUAAAACUUACAAACAACUAAUGUGCAUCAGAAAUGCCAUAGCAGAUUACUUUCGUAAGUGAGAAAGCGCGGUCUCAACAAUCAACUUGUCUACAUGAUAAUAAUUAAAAAAUUCUCCUUUUUGGUAUAAAAAAGCCUAGUAACAGUAAUAAAAAAUAAAACCUCAUAUCUCCUAAAUGGCAUUUUCUACAGUUUCACUGUUAAUGUCAGUGUUCUUAAUAUUACGUUAAACUCUUCUUAUUGCUCUAGAGCCUCUAGGAAAAAUGAGCCAGUGCAGAUCUUAAUGGUGCAAAUGAAAUUUGGCUUGUGAUCCAUGACAUGGUUUGGUAUAUUUCUCCCCUUUGUUAAUGGCCGAAUCAGCUCCGCUAAUUCACUAUGGUACCUCAGGCAUUCAGUUCCCAUUCCGCCAUGCCGAUCAUCGGUGCUCCCAGAACCGGCGUGCAUUAUACUGGGUUUACAAUCUCGUAUCUUGCACUUUAUUAGAUCCUCAAAACUGUUCCCCAGUGAUGUAUUGGAGGACUGGCUUAGUCUCAAUAUCACUGCAUGCGGUACUCAGAAGUUCGAGAUCCUGAUCUCUUAGCUCGUUGUGGUGCUAAGUAACAAAACCUCCUAGUUUGUAAAUCAUAGAGUGGUCUACAGUAACUACUCCCCCGCAAACACAAGUGAAAUACAAUUUAGAUAAACAGUACUACAUAUGCAAACCGGUUCUCCCAUAGAUGUUUCAAUCGAAUGGUUUCAAACAGGACUUUGUCCACAGAUUUAAAGCCGUUAGAGUUACAAAAAAACCUGCCAUGACGGGUUCUAGGGGUGAAAGGGUUAGUUGUUAUGAAGACUUAAGAAAACGGCCAAUUGUGACAAAUUUUAUCUUUUUUGGUAUAGAUAGAAUAACUGAUGUCAACUUAAAGCAAACCCUACUCCUUGGCCAAACACAAACGCUGGUAUUCGGUGUGUCAGCUUAUCCACCACUUACGUACGCUUGGAGAAAGGAUGGACAGUAUUUAAAUGCAAGAUUUGGUGGACGCUUAACUCUCAAUCCACAGACUGGAUCAAUCACCUUCAAACCUGUACAAAAGAUUGAUGAAGGAAACUACACAUGUCAAGUAUUUUCAACUAAACUUGGUGAUCACACAUUUGACCCUAUCUCUGCUGUAGUCAUAGGUAAGGUACACUGUGAGGCUUUUGCUCCACGAGAGAAUACAGAUCAUGAUAUCAUCAGCCAUCGUCCACCAUUUUGA